AAGUGUGAAAAUGUUCUGCCACGCAACUUAUCCUGGUAUUAUUUUGUGUAGAGACCCUGUAAUCAGAGACAUGCCAUAAGAGUUCGAUAAAAGAAGUGAGCCUACGUUUCCCUAUCGCUCGCAGGAAUUUGACGAACUCGCGUGGCCAGUCUCUGAUUACAGGGUCUCUAAUUUCGUUUUAAACGAAACGUUUCUAAACCGAUCAUAAAAAGAUUUACAGGCGUAAAAACUAAUACAUAUGUUCGAACGCGUCGGUAAAAAAGGACGACUUUAGGAUCCUCCCGAAAGGAACCACGUGGCACGGCGUACUCCGCGUAAAUCGAGGGACGCGGACGUGCCAGCGCGACGCAGUCGCGGUCAUGACGCAGGUGCGUUCGGCACGCGCGCUCGGGAGUUCUGGCGUCUUUCGCGCGGCACCCGUGAGUCGUCGAGUCCCCGGGAGAAGACGAGGAUAUUGAUGGAAAGCGCGGCCGGGAGGAAGAAACGAGCCGCCGACAGCGUUACGUCACAGGGCCGCAACGUCCCGAUCCGCCGCGCUCCGACCUUCGCCGAGCCGAUCCGAGUCCCGCUAUGAGGUUAGGGAGUGUUUACCUGUCAAAGCCGCGGCGUCGUCGCGGGGAGACGUAGGCGAGACAUGCGGGAGAUCUGAUCCGCGGAGGAGACGGCUCUCUCUCUCUCUCCCCCCCCCCCCUUCUUUCUCUCGCGCGGAGGUCGAAGAUGUUCUUCCCCGUGGGAUGGCCGCGGGUCCUCAACACCUGCGAGCAGGGCAAGAUAAACGCGGUGGUGUGCAACAGGGACAAGAAAUUGUUCGCCAUUCUCACCGCGGACUCCCUCGUCAUCUGGUACUGCAAGCCCUGCGUGCCGAUUGUAUUUAGCAGAAGAUCUGCGAGUUCCUUGUGGCAGCACGGCGAGAACGCCUUGGUGCAAUGGAGGCCGGAUUCGAGUAUGCUGGUUAUCGCGACGUCCGAGAGCUACCUGCUGUUCUACAGGCUUUCGGACAACAGCGCGGAGGGCCCGGGACUUUACGCACAGCGAGACUCGCCGGUCACCAGCUUGAAACGGGACAGCGCGGAAUUGUUCAUCAAAGAAGUCAUUCCGUCCCUCGUCUUGAGUUUUGAAAAGUCCGCCUGGAUCGACGGUGGGAUCAGUUCGUUAGUUUGUAUACGAGACGAGCUGAUGGUGGCGACCAAAACUAGCCACGUGGUGCGGCAUAAAUGGGACGGCAACGUGAAUCGCGACUAUUCUCUGGACCUGAGACGUAUACCGUUCAGCAAUGAUCAGCAAAUGUCUACGGUGGCCGUACCGCUCACGGAGAACAACAUUUACGUCACCGAUAUCGAAUAUUCGCCUCUCGUUGGAGGCUUCGCUAUUGUGCUGAACAACGGUAAAGCCGCGUUCCUCACUGCUCAAUCUUUGAAGUUUGACCCGAAUCAAGUGCAGGGGAUCUGGGCCCAGGAUGUGGACGAUGCUACUUGCGCCGCGGUUAACCAUAAAUAUCGGCUAAUCGCCAUCGGUAGGCAAAACUCCGAAGGCGUCGUAUAUUAUGUCGAUGAGACAACCGGCGGUUUACAGAUGUCGCACACCCUGAGUCUGUCUUCCAAGGACUAUCCAGGUCGGCCGGGUAGCGUCAAAUGUCUCAGGUGGACGCCUGAUAGCUGCGCCAUUGCUCUAGCUUGGGAAGGUGGCGGCUUAGCGCUGUGGAGCACCUUUGGCGCUCUUUUGCUCUGCAGCUUGAAAUGGGACUACGGCCUACGCGUGGAUCUUACGCACGAUAAUCCUCUGCAUAUCCAUACGAUGGAAUGGUGCGCGGAGGGUUAUCAGCUAUGGAUGCUGCGAGAAUCUCCAGGGUCUUUGGCUGCCAACGAAAACGGCAACAAAGCGACUAAUUCAAAUCGCUCUCUCAUUCAGCUGGACUUUGCUAAAAGUCCUCUGACCAUCAAUCCGUGCAUGGGCCAUCACGGGCAUCUGUAUCUUCAAGGCGAGGAUCGGCUGUAUUUAAAUUUGGGCGCUGGAUUAUCCUCAACCGCUUCGGGUUUUCACCUCGCCGCCGAGAUGCCCAACGACAGUGUGCUCCAGACGCUCGCCGGCUGCAAACAGUGGCUCGUUGUACCUAUCCCAACUGAUUACAGUGGUUCCAAUUGGCCAAUUCGGUAUACUGCAAUAGAUAGCGAAGGUUUAAGUCUUGCAGUGGCCGGUAAAGCGGGAUUAGCACAUUAUUCUCUGCUCUCGAGAAAAUGGACAUUGUUCGGCAACGAGAAUCAAGAGCGGGAUUUCAUAGUAACCGGUGGAUUGCUGUGGCAUAAAGGAUAUCUCAUAGCUGGCAGUUAUUCCUUAUUAGACGAUAAAGACGAGAUUAGAAUUUAUCCGCGCGACACUCGGCUCGAUAAUAAUUAUGUCAAGAGCGUUAAGAUGCCCUCGCAGGUGCUACUGUUGAAUACGAUGAAGGAUAGACUCCUAAGUUUCUGUGCCAAUGCUCAAAUUAAUAUCUAUGAUAUGGUGUUGCAAAACGGCGUGGAAGCCGGCGGUAUCGAAUUAUCGAGAAUACAAACUGUGGACGUCAGUGGACUAUGCGUACAUCCCGCCUGCGUGGUGAGCGCCACGCUGACCUCGAUUCGUGCGGAGACCGCUGGCAGCCAUCCUCAUCCUGAGAGUCUCCUGCUGAACGUCUCCGGACGCCUUCUCAUGGUUCAACGUGAACAUUCUACCGACAAUUCGGAGGUGCUCUUCACGUGCGGCGCGCCGACAGUAUUGGCGUCCUACGUCGAGAACGUUUGGGUGCCGUCGCGCUCGAGGAGGGACAAGCCGCACUUGACCGAGGCCCUGUGGCUGUUCUGCGGGGCACACGGCAUGCGAGUCUGGUUGCCGCUGUUCCGUAAUCAUCAAGAGAAGGCGCACGCUUUUAUGAGCAAGCGGAUAAUGCUGCCGUUCCACUUGCGCAUCUAUCCACUGGCGAUACUCUUCGAAGACGCGAUUCUACUGGGAGCCGAAAACGAUACCGUGCUGUUCACGUCGGACACUAACUCGCCCUUUUCACUGCCCUUCAAUUUAUUGGAGCUUACGAGUCAAGUGUAUCUGCAUCAGAUUCUGCGUCAAUUGAUACAUAGGAACCUGGGCUAUCACGCGUGGGAGAUAGCGCGUUCGUGUUCCGCAUUGCCGUAUUUCCCGCAUUCGUUGGAGCUGUUGCUGCACGAGGUCCUCGAGGAGGAAGCGACGAGCAAGGACCCAAUCCCGGAUGCUCAAUUACCGUCCGUCGUGGAAUUUAUCCGCGAGUUUCCCGGCGUCUGGGCCAGAGCCGUCGUGCAAUGCGCUCGCAAGACCGAGAUCGCGCUCUGGCCGUACCUGUUCUCCGUCGCCGGUCCACCGAAGAAGCUACUGCAGGAUUGUCUGCAGCGUCAGCAACUCGAUACCGCCGCCAGUUAUCUGAUCAUUCUGCAGAAUUUAGAGCCGUCCUCCGUCAGCAGGCAGCACGCCACGUUACUGUUGGACGCCGCGUUAGAGCAAGGUAGAUGGGAGCUAUCGAGGGAUCUUGUGAGGUUUCUUAGAGCAAUCGAUCCGAAUGACGUGGAGUCACCACGCACAUCGUGGAGUGGCAGUGCGAAACUGGUGGGCCCACCCCAGACACCUCCUCUCUCACCGCAAGAGGACGAUCUGGCCUUGGUCUUGGGCACUAUGCAAGUUUCGAGGAGCCGCAGUUAUAGCACCACGAUUACGCCCAAGGUGCAAUCCGAGAAGGACGUCGCGCCGUCCUCUAUGCUCGAGAAAACCCGCAACGUUGUUAUGAGGCGAAAGAAAUCGGUCCCGACAGUGAAAACUAGCGAGAAAACUGAAAACAAGGAAGGAUCGGCGGAGGAGUUCUUCAUCGAUGUCAUUUUGCAGCGUCACGCCCGGCGGCUGCUCUCAGCUCGCCGCUUGACCGACUUGGGUAGAUUUGCAGCUCGUCUUGAUUUCCAUUUAGUGACGUGGUUCGCUCGAGAACGUGAUAGAGCAGCGAAAAUUGACGAUUAUGUGGGCACGUUGAAGGCAGUGCACGAGGACUUUGUAUUUCCAUACCCGACGCUUUCGUUGCCGACCCUGCAGAAAUUUCGAAGAUCCAGCCUCAGCUCUGUACACUCCAUAAUAUCCGAUGACGGGACCGCGUCUCCGAAUUUGAUCGUCGACGUACCUGAUAGCGGAUACACUAGUCUUCCAAGCGGUAGACCACCGUAUACAACGUUGGUUUCGCCCGUCGCUAGCUUAGAGACACAAUUUCCGACCGCGGAAGCCAAAUUGACGCCAAAUUUGAUAAACGAUGCCAACAGUGUUCUUAGUGAUACUAGUACAAUCUGGAGAGACGAUGCAGAUUCCAUGGUUGGCUCUGUGUGUUGGGUCUCACCGGAGACAGUGGGGCCUGCAGAAGUCAAUCCAUCGACUUCUGCACCGAUCGGUCGGGCAGAAGUACAGCUCAGGUAUUUACUGCAACUGUUCCUUGAAGGCAGUUGUUUAGGAUGGGCUGCGAUAGUAGCUACUGUUCUUCGGGAUGCGGCGGCCAUGGCUAGAACCGUCAGAACAGCACAUGCACCAAUGCAAACCUUUGAUUCUAUAAUCAAUUUAAGAGAUGGAUUGCUUACAUUAACCAAAUGGUCUCAUUCGGAAUGCUUGGGGUACCGUCCUUUCAUGUCCAACAUCCAAAGCCAGAUAUCGUUGUUAAACAGGCUAGUGAUAAUCAAGCAACAGCAGGAGCAGGAACAGAUACCGGAAAGCCCUUCGCCAAGCCCGGCUCCAUCCGCCGGCAGCAACCAACGUGGCACUCACUCCCGCUCGAGGCACUCUUCGAUCAGUCACGCUUCCAACACGGCUCCACUCGAAGAGGAACGCUCGCACGAAUCACUCUUGACUGUCGAGGAGUCGGUGUUUCACGGCAGUUACAACAAUAAUCUCAACGUCACGGAGGACACGUCGCCGCAGAGUGCAUGCACGAUCUCUUAAGGCUUCACGAAACUCCCAAAAACUAAGGCUGUCCACUUCACCACUUGUAUUUUAUAUACCAAAUGGAUUGUUUUCGUGUAAGACCAAGUUUUUCCAAAAGAUAUUACUUGAUUAUAUUUCAUACACAUAAAGAUUCCGUAUCUAUAUACUAUAAUUAUUACUUUAAAAGAGAUCUUAUUUUAGGGCCGCUGAUUAAGGCCUUCAUUGUCUUAAUGUUAAGGAUAAUUUUUGUAAUGUGACAAUAUUCUGCAAAGCUGAUACACAGACAUCCUUGUUCUAAUGCAGGUUGUUCUCAGAGGUUCUUAUAAUUCGAAGAAGUCCUGGAAAUUUGUACAUAAGGUUUUGGAAUGUCUUUUUAGUAACUUUACAUCGAAGAUUCUGAAUUAUACAGGGUGAAAUAUGUAAAGGUAAAUGAUUCACACAAGCAUGUGAUGUACAUAAGCACUUAUGAUAUUGUUAAAGUAUACGCUGCGUCGGAUGCGACAUCCUAAGCCGCCAGAGCCAACUGGUAAUUCUUAAAUGAUUUUACCGUUGAGUAUAAAAAUAUUGUAUGCUCAUUCGUUAAUUAUGAGCAAUAGGGAAUAGCAAUAUAGUAAAAGUAACGAGUGAAGAGCGGUUGAAGACAUUAAAUCAAAAUGGGCGCAUUAAGAGGUCUGAUAUAUAAUUAUUAUUAUUAUUAUGUAAUGUGCAAAACAAUGAAAAUUAUUAAUAAGCUAUUUAUACUAUUGUAACAUAGAGGAUCAUACAAGUACAUGUUAUAUUUUCUCAUAAAA